CAACCAGAAGCGAGUGUGUUUUAUGUUGGUGGUGAAUACAUUCAAGAUGCUCGGGGAACACAUAUGACUGGAUCCAUGUGCGUACGACGGUAUGGGAACAAAGUACCUGGACAACCUGCCAUUGUUUUCAUACAUGGCGCAGCGCAAACAGGGACGCACUGGGAGGCAACGCCGGAUAAUCGGCCUGGCUUAGCCUUGCUGCAAGCUGCGGACAACUGGGAAUGUUAUGUGGUUGAUCAGCCAGGAGUCGGACGGUCCCGGUAUCAUGCUGGGGACCUCGGUGAUCUCACACAUUACACCGUUGAAGAGUUGGAGGCCGCCUUUACUGCGCCUCAGCCUGAGAAUUCGCCAUGGGCACAUCUUCAUACGCAAUGGCCCGGAUCCGGAAAGAAAGGUGACCCUGUAUUCGAUGCUUUUUAUGCCAGCCAGGUGGGACACAUCGGCAGUUACGCAAAAGUCGAAUCCCUCUUCAGGCCGGCAAUCAAGGCACUGCUCACCAAGAUCGGCCCGGCAUUUCUGAUAACUCACUCUCAGUCAGGGCCACUCGGAUGGCACGCUGCCGAUGCCUGUCCAGAGUUGGUCUGUGGUAUUGUGGCUCUGGAGCCUCAUGGUCCACCAUUCCUGUAUCCGGACUGUCCGCCUUUCAACUCUCGACCCGAGAUUGUCGGUAAAUUGCUACAUCCAUUUGGAAUCACCAGCACACCGCUACAGUAUGAUCCGCCAUUGCCGGAAGGCGCUGGAAAGUUGUCGCACAGGAUGUUGCCAACACAAGGCGAAGACAUCAUAGAGGAGACGGGAAUAUACGCGGGCCUAAUCAAGGGUCCGCGGCAGGAUAACCCUAUACGACAGAUAAAAAAUCUUCGCCACAUUCCAGUUGUACUGGUGACUGCUGAGGCAUCGUACCAUGCAGGAUACGAUCAUCUCACGGCUGAGUUUCUCCGUGAUGCAGGAGUUCCAAUCGAGCAUGUCUAUCUAGCUGACCAGGGAAUACGCGGCAACGGGCAUAUGAUGGCAAUCGAGAAGAAUAACAAGGAAGUCCAAGAAUACAUCAGCAGGUGGUUG